CGUUCGUUCGCUCAAUCUUUCGUACGAUUUUGUGAGAAUCGUUCUCUCCACGUAGCCGUUGAGAUUUAAAUUCUGAAAUUCAAAACAAAUGCAAUCUCUUCGUGAAUUCAAUGUUUUCUUCGGCAGUCUUAUCUCGCAAUAGCUAGAACCCCAAAAUUGAUUAGAUAGCAGAGAUGAAGUGGUAGAAUUUGAACGUAAUAAAAUUCCAAAAAAUAUAACGAAAUAAAAAGAAGAGUAUCUGCUGUGUGUACUCAUAACACAUCGCAGAACCAAAAGAAAACAAACCGCGCUACGGAUCGGAAUGGCAAAUGAGAAUUUGUGCGAAUUACAACACAUUUGAAUACUUUGUUUGUCCUCAGCAGUAACAACAUAGCAUUUAUUGAGACAGUUGUUGGUGUGUAACACUCGUACCAGGAGCAUAUAAACACACACAUAUAUACUCUCGACGAAUUCCCUCUCGCCAAGUGCAAAAAAAAGAGAAACAUUUAAGCAAAUUUAGUUAUUCAUUGUAAACUGCGUUUAUGGCGAGGUAAACAGGAAUAUGCAAACAGUUUGGCGAUAGUUCUCGAGACGACAAGAACCAUUCGCUGUCUAUAUCAAAGUUGCCUGUGUUUCAACUUGGUUUUGUGUGUUCCGCCGCCAUCGCCGCCGUCCGAGUUUCAGUAGUGGAAACAAUGUGAAGCAGUUGCCGUCACUUGCCACCGCAUGGAUUAUACGGUCGUGUAUAUUAACAACAAAAACUUAUAGAAGCCAUAAAAAACAAUACUUAUAAAAUCCCAAGUGAUUAAAGUGUUAUAAAUUGUUGAGGAAGAAAUACAACGAGAUAAUAAGAAUUUUCCUUCUCUAUGCGAAUUGUUAUUUGAACAUAGCUUAACUGGGUGUGCGCUAUUACAGACUGUAUUUCUUCUUCUCGGUGAUCUAUCUCAUCACGUGAAAAAUUGUGUAUCAAAAACAGUGGUUCUAUUGUGCUGAUAGAUUGUGGUGAUACUCCAUAAAUACAUCGGAAAAUUGCGCUUUAAUUUGAAUGAACGAUUUUGCAUCGAUUUUAGAUGUUAAUGCUAUCGAAAAUGGAAACAACCGAUACAAAUAUUGUAAAGAGUACUAGAAAUCCAUAUGUCGACAUUUUUGUGGCCAUAAUAACGGUGCCGACACUGAUUUUGCUGGCUUUAUUGUUGGAUGCAAACAUACAGACUGAUCAUGAGUCAACAGCCGAAAGCCGUUCAACAUUUAUUGUGUUGAUUUUUGGAUUUUCAUUUCUAGUGCUGAGUUCACUGGUGUGCGGCUGUAUCGUUCAUAAAAUGGGCAUGUGCCGAUGGGACCGUCAACGUUACGAAGAUGAAGUAAUUACGUCUAAUCGCUCCAAUUCCAUUGAUUGUGUUCAUGUUAUUGAUUUACCACCCACUUAUGAUGUUGCCACCAAGCACAUCGGCAACUUUCCGCGAUUGUCUUCGUUUUUGAAACCGCCACCAACCUAUGAAAUGGCAUGCAGCACGGAAAAACUCGCACAAAGCACCUCCACCGGCACCAUACAUCAUAUUUGAUCGUCAGCAACAAGAUUUAUAACUGAACUUUUAUAUUUAUGAACCAAACACAAAUGUUCUUUGAUUUUUUAGCCUUUUACAUUGCCUACUUCUUCUGUUUUUUUUUCAUUAGUAGUUAGACUAGGAAAUUAAGUGUGAAAUUAAUUCCGUUUCGGGCAGAUGUCCAAGAAGAAAACGAUGAGAAAGAAGAGAAAACAUUACCAAAACAGUCAGUUAUUGAAUAUGCCAAAAAAAGAAACUGUAUACACAUAUAUAACAAAUUAUAUUGAUUGAACAUGGACGUGAAUUGAAGCCAUGCAUUUA